AUGACUGAGAUUCCACCACCUGAGGCUAGAACUGGCUUCAAAACUCGACUUCACGCCAUCCUGUACAUUCAGGAACAUGCCAACAAUAAUGGCUUUCGUGUAACCAUCAAGGAUUCCAGGGCGAAAUGGGUUCAAUUCAAAUGUCAUCUAGGACCAACUCGACACAAGGACACCAAUUCCAAUGCGAAUACCAAGACGUGUGGAUUUCUGUCCACCUCUAAACUCGAUUCUUCCGAUGGAACUUGGAAUUUUACUAUUCAAAACGCGAAUCACAAUCAUGAACCAGACUUCAAUAUACACAAGCACGAUCUUGCGAUUUUACGUGACACCAUCAGCAAAGAAGAAGAAAAACAACAUCGAAACAUUGUAACACCUCAAAUUCCUUCAGGACAAAUCCUUAUACCUCAUAUUCAAUCAGUCCAACCUUCGACUUCUGCAAUCACUCCCCCGUUUCUUAUACUUCAAUACCAAGCUCUGCAGCAGCAAAUGCAAGCUCUGCCAAUGCAGUCUCAAGUGUAUCUAUUGACUCGAUUCCUUUCCGAAUGCCAGCUUUCUGCCGGACUCGCAAACACAGUCUCAACUCCUAUUCCCACACCUCUACCUCCUAAUCCUCUCCCCGAAAUCUCGAAUACAACACCCCAAGAUUCAACAACUCCAAAGGCUUCGAAUCAGUCUACUAAUGAUGAAGACACACAAGAAUCACGAUUUUUAAGCAACUCACCCAUCAAAUCUAAUCCAGAUCAAAGCUUGCUUAAUAUCAAGAAUCGAGAAACGGCAAAAAGUGGAGAAUCGAAAGGGAAAGAACGCGAGGAGCCGCCAAUUUCAGAAGAGGAAGAAGCACCUGAAGAAAAUCACGCACCAGAGUCCAAAGAUUUCGAAGAAGAAAACACCGAAGAGAAAAGCUUCAGCUGUGGAAGAGCCGACACACAAUAA